AACAGAAGAAAGCGCCGAACUGUAGUCGUAGAAAGUCGGGCGGGGGGGAAAAGUACUGAAAAGUGAGAGGAGAACCCAGCGCGCGAGCCCAACUGACUCAUGCCGAACGGCUAGAGACGAUCUUUGAAAAGCAACAACCGGAUUCCUCCUUUCGAAUAGAAUCGCAUAGAUAAAGGGUUUUAAAUGCAACGCUGUGUGAAGAUCAUGGCAGCCGACACGAAGAGUUCACUGGGCAGCAAUAUCUGCACCAACCGCGGCCGGAGAAAGCUGCUGGUCGCUGUGGAUCUCUUCUGCUUCUCCAUAGUGAUUCUUGUGGGCAUACUUUUGGAAAAGUCUUUCUGGCCGCCUUACCGGAGGGGGUUCUUCUGUGACGACGAGAGCAUCAGAUUUCCCUAUAAGAACAGCACGGUGCCCACUUCUAUUCUGAUAGCUACGAGCAUCUGUCUGCCCCUGUUCUCUAUGAUAAUAGGUGAAAGCUUCAGGAUCUUCUUUCUGAGCGAGGGAACCAAGUCGUUUGUCAGGAACCCCUACUUGGCUGCUUUCUACAAACAGAUCGGGAUGUUCGGCUUUGGGUGUGGCAUCAACCUGUUCUUCACCGACAUCGCCAAGGUGUCGAUAGGCCGCCUGCGGCCAAACUUUAUUGACGUGUGCAAGCCUGACUUCUCCACCAUCAACUGCUCCCUGGGCUACAUCACGGAGUAUAAGUGUCAAGGGCCAGAGAGCGACGUCCGAGAGGCUAGGAAGUCAUUCUUCUCUGGACACGCUUCGUUCUCCAUGUACACCAUGCUCUACCUAGUGUUUUACCUGCAGUCUCGCUUAACUUGGAAAGGAGCCCGCCUGCUGCGCCCAUUGAUCCAGUUUACCCUCGUCAUGAUGUCCUUCUACACUGGCCUGACCCGGGUGUCCGACCACAAGCACCACCCCACCGACAUCCUGGCCGGGUUCUUUCAGGGCGCCCUGGUGGCCAUCUUCAUUGUAAGUCGUCACACUUUUCUAUAAAGAUA